AUGUUCCAGUUUGUCAAGAAUGCGGUGACCGUCGAAUUCUUCACCUUGGCAGCUGACAUUUACGGUCAAAUUUCUUCGAAACGGGCGCUACUCUCCGUGUGGGAGGGAAAGGCGGCGGCUGAGCCGGCGCGAAAACUUCUUUUUCCUUUCCGUCCGUCCGUCGUUCGCAUGACGACGCGGGCUGUUCUCAUUCAGUCCGUGUCAGUCACGCCAUUCAUUGAAGAAAGAAAAACCGGCGCUGUCAUUUCCGGUUCGCGGAGCCCGCUGAUCCUCGCUGCCUUGAUUUAUGCACGAGCCGGAAGUCGCAACAGCCGAGAAGAGAGAGAGAGGGAGAGAGAAAACGUGAGGUGUUGGGAGGCGCCAUUCAUUGAAGAAAGAAAAACCGGCGCUGUCAUUUCCGGUUCGCGGAGCCCGCUGAUCCUCGCUGCCUUGAUUUAUGCACGAGCCGGAAGUCGCAACAGCCGAGAAGAGAGAGAGAGGGAGAGAGAAAACGUGAGGUGUUGGGAGGGAAAGACCCCCGCGGGCCUCGAGAAACAAGAGGAGAUCCGAUUGCCGAGUCAGUCACUCAGUGAGGGAGUCAGUCAGUCAGUCAGCCAGUCGUCAUCCAGUCUUCGUACGCCUUCGAAUGGCAAGCCGAUUGCAAAACCGUUUUUUGUCGUUGCUCCAAACGUUUUUCCUCUCUCAUAUCCGGAUGAAGAUGUCGUAUCCUCGACUCUGAACUUCUGUUCCGUCGACCGGUCGUAUGAAAAAUACGUGACUGGAAAGGACGUCUGA